AUGAAUUCGGACAACGACUCUCGGUCUUCGCAUUCGAAAUCGUCUUCUUCCGGUAAUGCUUCUUCUUCGUCCUCCUCGUCUGGUUCAUCUUCGUCUUCGGGGGCGUCUUCGUCUAAAGGCGGAGAUGGUGACGGUGCGGAAUCUAAAAGCUCAAGCGAUAGCAGAAGCAGAAGCAGCGGCGGGAAAGAGGAGCAUGGAGAUGAUGUAGUAGAGAGCUAUAGGAGCAACGAUAAUGUAGAAAGUGGAGCUUAUGCUUAUGACGAAGAAGAAGAAGACGAGAAGGAUCUUUUUGGGUCUGAUAAUGAAGAGUACACCAAGACACCUGCUAUUAGCACUUACUCAAUUCCGGUUUUACCUGCGGGGUGGAGCAAUGACAACCAUGGUGGGAGAGGAAUGGGACGUGGUCGUUGGCCAAACGGCAGAGGAGGAGCUGGGCUUCUCCCUCGGCCUGGGCCUUACCCUGGAGGACGUGGUGGUCGAGGUGGUUUCGGAGGGAGAUACCAGAGUUACCAGCGCGACGAGCGUUUUGUUUCCGAGCUCAAACUUUCCAAAAGCAAAGAAACUUUGUCUAGGAAAUCAACAGUCUUUCAAGAGCCAUGUGAGCUUGCUAGCUACAGUCGUGUAGAAGGUGGAGAAGUAUUCUAUGAUGACCGAGGAUUGAGGCUUUUAAGGCGCAAUUUUUCUCCUCAAGAUCUUGCAGCGGAUUUGAAUCAAGGUUAUGAUACUUUUAUUGAGAAAAGAGAUCUGGGCUCUGAGGGCUUUGGUGACCUUCUUGGCAGCAUUAGAGCAAAGAACAUUUCGUUGGAUAACAUUCAUUUUGUGACGUUCCGUAAUAAUCUAAACAAGAUACUGGGAGCUGCUUACAACCGGCACGAACCGUGGGAAAUGGGUGUGCAUAAGAGGAAUGGAACCAUAUAUCUGGAUGUGCAUAAACUGCCUGAAAGACCACAGAGUGACUUAGAUCGCCGCAGAUGUUACUGGGGUUAUUGUUUCGAAAGCCUUGCGACGGAAGAUCCGGGGAGAGGUUAUGGGGAAGAAAUACAUCACGUGGAUGCAAAUGUUGAAUUUUGCUCUGUAGUCAAGACUAAACUGGGAGCUCACCGUGUUCUGAUGGGUGCUGAAAUGGAUUGCUGCGACGAAACCGAUGAAGGAAAGAGGAUUUAUAUAGAGUUGAAAACUUCUCGCGAGUUGGAUGAUCGUACCGUAGAGAGAUUUGAGAGAGAGAAACUGCUUAAAUUUUGGAUACAAUCAUUCGUUGCGGGAGUCCCAUACAUUUUCGUUGGAUUCAGAGAUGAUGGAGGGAGACUAGUACGCACAGAGACAAUGGUAACAAAAGAUAUUGCGCACAGAGCCAGAUUGAAAAACCAUUGGCAGGGAGGAGUGUGCUUGGCAUUUGCGGAUGAGGUUCUUUGCUGGCUAUACGGCACUGUUAAAGAAAACGAAGAUUACACGCUUCAGUUCGUGCACCCUUUCAUGAGGCUAGAGCUUCUUCAAGCUCAGUCUUGUCCUGACGCCAUCACUAACCAUGUUCACCUUCUUCAACAUCCUUCAUCACCUCCACCUGAGGAGAGGGGAACGGCUGGAUCGAAGUCGGAGGUGAUCGAUCGGAAACGGAUAAACGAGGUUCACGAUAAUCGGGCGUCGCAUUCCAUGUCUCAGCCCGUCGUCAAUGGAAAGGGCAAGGCAGCAUCCAACUCCGUCUUGAUAGGGAAGCAGCUGCAUGACAACAACAAGGAUAACUAUCGUCUGGCUUCUCUCUCCAAGACUAACAAUUCCGACGAUAUAUCAGAGACAGACAGCGAAGAAUCAGAGGUCAGUGGUUCUGAAGGAGAGGACACCUCGUGGAUCUCCUGGUUCUGCAACCUUCGUGGCAACGAGUUCUUUUGUGAAGUUGAUGACGAUUACAUCCAGGAUGACUUUAACUUGUGUGGACUCAGCCAUCAAGUUCCCUACUACGACUAUGCCCUCGAUUUGAUUCUGGAUGUGGAAUCCUCUCAUGGUGAGAUGUUCACAGAGGAACAGAAUGAGUUGAUCGAGUCAGCAGCAGAGAUGCUAUAUGGAAUGAUUCAUGCUCGUUACAUAUUGACAAGCAAAGGACUGGCUUCUAUGCUAGACAAAUACAAAAACUACGACUUUGGAAGAUGCCCAAGAGUUUAUUGUUGUGGCCAACCUUGUUUACCGGUUGGUCAGUCCGAUAUCCCUCGAGCAAGCACCGUGAAGAUAUAUUGCCCCAAAUGUGAAGACGUCUAUUACCCACGAUCAAAAUACCAAGGAAACAUAGAUGGAGCUUACUUUGGGACAACGUUUCCACAUCUGUUCCUGAUGACGUACGGACAUCUGAAGCCACAAAAGGCGUCGCAAAGCUACGUGCCAAGAGUGUUUGGGUUCAAGUUACACAAGCCGUGAAGGAAAAGAAGGAAGAAAGAAAGAAGUUUUAUCCCCUUCAACUAGAUCCAAGAGCAUCACGGGUUUUGAGAAAUCUGGAGGAGAGUUAGUGUAAACAAAACAAAGCAUAAAAGGCAUAAUUUGUAUCACGAAAGUGAAACGAGUUUCUCUCUCUUUUUUUUUUUUUGUGUUGUGUCCUUUAGGUUUAGAAUUACAUUAGCAGCAUGAAUUGUUGAAGGGAAAAUACCAUAUUAAAAAAUUGUAAUACUUUUUCAUUCUUGUUUUCUUUUUCCCAGUACUCAGAAUCGGUUUAACACGCGGUUUAACACGCAAUUGGUGUGUCUUGAUUGUUGAUGUAAUUCAUUCGACCAAAAAUGGUUCCAUAAAAGCCCAUUGGGCCCCCAGUCCGAUUCACAUCCAUGAUGCUGUCGCUUUCUCUGACCAGU